UCAGUUUUACGCUGGCUUUGGUCCCUUUGCCCCGACUCUUUCUAUCCGUCCUCUCUCAUUUCUCUGUUUUCUUUACUCCUUACUUCUUGAUGUUGCUCCUAAUUCUUGUAUCUGGCUCUCCAAACCUCAUGUGGCUUUAUUGAUUUUGUUUAUUUUUAUUAAUGACCUGCUGGACCAUCAUGCAUUACAAAUCCUCUCUCUAGAUAUGCUUUAAAGCAAUUUGUCACAGCUGACACAUUCACACACAUUAGCUUCCCUUGGAGACAAACAAGUCUGCAGGAUAUUUGUAAAUGCGUAUGAAAUUGCCUAAAGAUGAACUGUGACCUAAAUCUUUUUUUUUAAUCUAAAUACAUAGCAAAGGCAUGUUGUGUAUUUUAUGCAAUGAAAUAGGCAAUUUUACUCACUCACUGUAUGCUUGUUGUUGUUGUUAAAUGUUCCUGCUGCAUUGAUAUUGAGCUUGGGUUGAAUUUUGGUCGGAAUUAAUGUUGCAUCUCACAUCAGGCAGGGCGAUAGAAAGAUAACAAGAAGAUAAUGAGUUGAAUGUAAAAUCUUGUGUUUCUCGCCAUAAAGCAUGCUGGUUCUUUGGUCCUGGGCCAGAACAUGAUAAAGGUGGAAAAAUCCUUUAUUUGGCUCCUACACAGUAUGUGUAGAGGGUGUUUAUAAAUGAGUAAGAACCUUCAGUACCUUCUUAUCACAGUUAUUGGAAGGCACCGUUUGUUGGUAAUAGGAGUGGACAGUAGUUACCCAAUUAUAAUUCUGCUGUCCACAUUAAUGAAUUUGAGCAAUCUGCACUUAAAGACUAUCACAUAUAUCAAUAUCUGAAAAAUAUUUUUAAUAAUAUUGUGUUUUUGAUUUUAACCAUACCGCCCAGCCCCACUUAGUAUUACUCAAGAUAAUCUAAUUUGAGAAUUAACUUUGUUGUUGUGUUGUGUUUGGGAUGUGUUGAAUGAGACUUUUUCAUUUUCACAUGUGGUAAACAUACCACAUGUUGUAUUUAAAGUGUCAUUUUAAGGUCAGCUCAGUGAGAGAACGCCUCAUUGUGUCAUCUUGCCUAUGUUACAAUCAGCCAGAAAGUUAUUGUGUUUAACACAAUGACAAAUAUGGACAUUGGUCUUUGUCAAUUGUGCUGAAAUUGUUUUUGUAGAUCAGCAUCGUAGAGGGCUUUUACAUACUGUAUAACAACGAAUGCUGCAGGGUUGGCAAAUUUCCAUUCUGUUAAAAUGCAGAUGAAGUCUGUGAGUCAGAAGACCUACUGUACGCAUGUUCACCAGAACGUAAUGAGUAUGUAAGUAGUCUGUUUGUAUAUGUGUGUGUGUGUGUGUGUGCUGCUGGGGGAGCGUUGCUGCAGUGCUUGAGCAUUGACAGGAUAAAGUAGGGCACGGCGAAGCACAGGCUCACAGGACAGCUGCAUUGCAGACGGCCCUUGAGGGAGUGGGAGUGAGUAAUGGAGAGCUGGCGGCUCCCAUGCACAGCAGUACCAGUGGAUCCCUCCGCCAUUCAUACCCUACUGCCUCACUGGCCCAUUCACAGAACCAGUUAAGGAGGAGCUGACUGUCUCAGGGAAAACACAGCCCACCCUAUUACCUUACUUACAUUAACCCCUUUCCUGCCAUCUCUCACUAUUUAGUUUUCAUGGCAGUAUGUGGUGCCCUAUUUGAGGAUGGUAAUGACAUGUAUCCAUGAAGAUCAUCGACUGCAUUGGGAUUUUUUUUACUUGUAACGUUUAGCUGGAUUUCAGAUUAAUUUCUCUUCGUUGCAUCCAGCUACUGAUAAACAAUUUAUCCCUAGAGUGAGACAUUUCAUUGAGGAAAAUACAUUUCUAGUAUUGUCAAAGCAACACAACAAGUCAAAAAUCACAUAACACUGAGAUUAUGUGAUACUUAAACAGAAUGCAACAUAUACAUAAAAUGUGUGUGUGUGUGCUUUGUUCGAUACCUGUGUAUACAAACUAUGUAACAUUAUGUAAAGUUGAUGUGCACCAUGUGAGUUUAUUUGUGUGUGUGUGUGUGAGACAGAAUGUGAGCCACAACAAGAAGGGAAGCCUAAUUGAUGUUGUUGCUCUGAUUCCGUGUGCCAAUCACACACCUGACAGAUUGUUACUAGAAUAAACCAGUGCUCCUCUGGGGUCCAUUGGACGCUUGUGGCUAAAGCAUGUGUGACCAGCAGCUUCGGGACCAGCGCACUGUGGACAGCGACUCUGGCACAGAGCUCACUCUAAACUUAAAAAAAUAAAAGUAAACGCUGCGAUCUGUUGGCCCUUGUUUACCCCCUUGCAAUCACGGAUAAAUCAAAUUUCCACGGCGGCAUCUAGACUAUAUGACUUGUUUCAGAAGUAGGGCGGGAUGUAAUCACUUGGGCACGUGCGGUCAUCACAUCUUUAACGUCCACAGCGUUGAAGCACAACAGGAGAGGCGAGCAGCGCUUCUCGUCUAACGGAAUAGCGACAGACAGUUAGUUUCAACACUUUCGACACACUCCUGUGAUUCCUGUUAACGUGACUGUGCACACUCACGCUACUUAACCUCUACGGCCGGUCACUUGAUUAAAUAUAGGCUGCGUGCCAUAUACGUGCAGCAUUAUUGUCCGAGUCCGCAGCGGUGUGCUACAUGCAAGCUUUGCGAGUUGUGUUCUCCCGCGGAAGACUCGCUCUGCUAUGAUGUGCUAAUGGUACAGCUGCCUGCCUGCCUGCCUUGAUUUGUCAUAAUGCAGAGUGGGGGAAGGGGCGCUUUUUCCUCUGCAGCACUGCAGGUACGGAGCCAUGGGCAGGACAGGAAAAAAAAAAAAAAAGCUGUCGGAGCUGCAGAGCACUCUGCGCCCGCCCCAAUAAGUCCCCGAGCUCCGAUCCCACGACCCCGAGCCGGGAGAGGUUUCGCUGGGAGCUGCCAAGUCGCAGCCCUGCAUAGCGGCAUAACUUGUCUGUUAGCGUUCAAGGGAGCGCAUUGCCAGCACUGACUCCUGAGCUGAACUACACCAGCGUGACAAACCGAGCAGACCGUGCACACACAAUGCAGGAGCGGAGGAGUGGGCGUGUUUGGGUAAACAUGGUAAACGACCGCAAAACAGAACAAGAUUUAGUUUCGGACGGCCGCCAGGCUGCGAGAAGGCGAACACGGUCGUGUUUUCAACGACUUUCUCCGGUGCGAGAGAGACUCCUUGCGUGCGCACAGUCAACCGAAUUCAGAGCCACAGGCGUCGAGCAGAGUAGAUCUUUUUGAUUGACAAUGCUUCGAUAUUGUUAUUAUUGUUGUUUUUUAUGACAUGCCAAAUAACGAAUGAUAAUAAUAAUGCGAUAAGGGGCGAGCGUUUAGGAGCAGGACCUCGAGGAGGAGGCGGCAAACGGGAACUAGGGCGUCUGUUUACCGGCGGCACGUGCGCACAACGUCUCAGCGGUAUUUGUCAUUUUACUGCAGGCUGGGAUAGCAGCGACUACUAGAAACACAAGGAAAGUGUGCAUGUGUGUGUGAGGUGAAACAAGUGAAGAGGAGGAGGGGGCUAUUAGAGGAAGAAGAGUAGUGAGCGGUCUUCCUCUCUCUCUCUCUCUCUCUCUCUCUCUCUCUCUCCUCACGUCGCUCUCUUCCCUCACUUUGUUCUAUUGUUGACGAGUCCUCUGUUGAGAUUGAGAUUCAGUCUACACCAAGGAUAUAUAUAUUUUUUAAUUGUUUCUCCGUGUAACACCAUGCAGUAGUCUGACCGGCAGGCUUUGGGGCAAAACUGCAAUUUGAGUGAAAUGCAGCUUUGGCUGGACUUCUUUUUUGGGUCAGGAUGCCUGUGAAUAACACCUGCUUUUCCUAAAAGACAAAAGAGGCAGUACUUUUGGCUUUUGAGGUGGACUCUACCAAUGGAAAAUAAGAUAGAAGAUAACCAGUUCAGAAUGUCUAUCCUGGAGCGCUUGGAGCAGAUGGAGAGGAGGAUGGCAGAGAUGGCCAGCCACCAGCAGUCGAGCAGUGCAGGGAGUGGCGGAGCUGGGGGAGGAACAGGGGGAGGGGGAGGAGGAGGAGGGGGAGGAGGCGGAGGAGGUGGAGGCAACAACAGCCAGUCACAGUGUCUAUCUGGUCAGGCCAGCAGCUCCUUUGAGAGUCGUGUCGUUGUGGUCUGUGAGAAGAUGAUGAGCAGAGCUUGCUGGGCCAAGUCCAAACAUUUAAUCCACUCCAAGACCUUCAGAGGCAUGACACUCCUUCACCUGGCUGCAGGCCAGGGCUACGCCACCCUCAUCCAGACACUCAUCAAGUGGCGCACCAAACAUGCUGAUAGUAUUGAUUUGGAGUUAGAGGUGGACCCUCUCAAUGUAGAUCACUUCUCCUGCACGCCGCUGAUGUGGGCAUGUGCACUGGGUCACCUGGAGGCUGCAGUGGUCCUGUAUAAAUGGGACAGACGUGCCCUAGCCAUCCCAGAUUCUCUGGGCCGCUUACCCCUCUCAAUUGCCCGAUCUCGUGGCCAUACCAAAUUGGCUGAAUGUCUGGAGCAGCUACAAAGGGAAGAGCAGCAGCCACCAGCCCCUCUACCUCCCACAACUCGCAUGUCUUUCUCCCCAGCCCCCGACACCCCCACCACUGACAGCUGGAUGGUCAGCUGGGCAAACAACAGUGGAGUAGCACCCAGUGGCAAGAAAGGGGGUCCUGCCACCACUACAACCACAUCCAGCACUACAAGCCUCAAUCCAGACUUGAGAAGGCCCAGGUCAGAGCCCUCCAACUACUACAGCAGCGAGGGCCACAGAGACCUUCCACUAGCUAAAAAACAUAAACCCAACCCAGAACUGUUUCAGACUCGGCCCGACAAGGCCAUGUCUGUCCCCCUGAGCCUGGAGCAGCAACAUCUCCACAAGCUGUCCUCUAGUCCCAAGAGCCUGUCCUCAGAGGGCCUGAGCUCAGACAAGGGCCUGUCUACAGGAGGCAGCACGGGGACAACCAGAUGGACCUCCAGAGAGAGCUUCUCUAGCAGCGGCAUGGGUAGGAAGGUGUUGGGGGUCAGUGGAAGCAGCAGCUUGGGGAAGGAGAAACUGGUGAACCGGUUGCGUCAACGGGAACAGCUGGGCAUGCUGGUGAUAGCUGACAGAGAAAUGGCUGAUGCAGAACUAUUAUCCUAUCGGGAAGAUCUGGAGAACCAGGACUGUCUCACACAGAUGGAUGACCUGCAGGCAAAUAUGAUGACUCUGGCAGAGCACAUCAUUGAAGCGACUCCAGAGAGAAUCAAAAGGGAGAACUUCACCGCAGCAGACUCUGUGCCCUUAGACACGUCAGGGGUGAGCAACACCAUGAACUGGCUGGCCAACUACCUUGGAGAUGUGGAACAGCUGCCUAGCAUCAUACACCUACGAUCUCUUUACAAUGAACCCCUGACCCCAUCGUCAAACCCUAGCCUCAGUCCUGGGGGGUCUCCACUGAGAGAGGGGCCCCUAGAGAGGGCUGCGCUCCCAUCCCCAGCUGACUGGAGUGAGUUCAUCAAUGCCUCCAACAGCAAAGUGGAGCGAGACCUGGCCCAGCUGACUCUGUCAGAUCCAGAGCAGAGAGAGCUGUAUGAGGCCGCCCGCCUUGUCCAAACUGCCUUCCGCAAGUACAAGGGGCGUCCGCUCAGAGAGCAACAGGAAGUAGCCGCUGCUGUUAUUCAACGUUGUUACAAGAAAUACAAACAGCUAACAUGGAUAGCCUUGAAGUAUGCACUUUAUAAGAAGAUGACGCAGGCCGCCAUCCUUAUCCAGAGUAAAUUCCGCAGCUACCACGAACAGAAGAAGUUUCAGCAGAGCAGGAGGGCUGCCGUGCUCAUUCAGCAAUACUACCGCAGCUACAAGGAGUUUGGCAGGCUGAAGCCCCACCACCGCGGGGCUGCUGCUGCCCUGGUGCAGCACAAACUGAGAGGUAGUCUGCUCACAAAGAGGCAGGAUCAAGCUGCCAGGAAGAUCAUGAGGUUCCUACGUCGCUGCCGCCACAGCCCCUUGAUGGACCAUAGACUGUUCAAGCGGGGUGAAAGAAUUGAAAAGGGCCAGGGAACAUGAGACCCCUCAGAAGAGCCCCCUCGCCAUGUGACAUCACUCUCCUGACUCCUCCUUUCUUUUCUGUUUGUACCCGAGACAUUUUACAAGAGAAAUGGGAAAAAAAAAAAAACAUCAAUGCAAGCACUGCGAUUAUUACUACUACUGCAGUGCUACUGGUUCAACUACUAUUACAUGUACAACAGCAUUUUUUCACAUAUCUAUCCUUUCCACUGACUUGAUUUUGGUCAGAGAGUGGCAACUUCUACAGGAUUAUAAACUAAAAGGGUCGGGGUGGGGGGGGUGCAGAACAUUUGCUUCAUGGCAUUUUUUUUGCACUUUUUUCAUGGAUUGCUUUGUCUUCUUGGAAUAUGAAGAGGUUUUGGACGGUAAGGAAGCAAACGCAGGACAUGCCUGAAGAGGUCUGUCAAACAGGAGGACCUCAAGGCGUAAAUUAAGGCUUUUACUGCAGAAGAUCUCAGAGGAUAGGGAGACCGCGCAGAAACACUCUGGCCUCUAAUUGUGUUUUAAGUGACCAAUCAAUUCAUUUGAGGAAGGAUUUUUUUUUUACCAAAUAUAUUGGUCACCCACACGCCCACUUCUAUCCACUGCUGUAGAUGAUAUGAUAUUCAAUUUAGCUCAACAAUUCCUGCUGUCCCACUGAGCUCUACCCCACCAGUCUGCCCACACGGGUGGAGCUACAAAUGAAUGUAGUCCGGGGUUUAACCAUGCAGAAGCAGAUGGGGGACACAAUAUUUUGUUUUUGCCAUUUCUUUUUUUUAAAACCUAUGCUUUAUGGUAUAUAUUGUCACUUUAUUACUUGAAUUUGUUCCAUACUGUCCAAUGUAUUUGUUCCAUCAUGUCCACUGUAUUGGUGAUCUGUACCUUCAGACUCUAUGUUGUUGAAUCCUACCAAGAAAAAAAUGCAUGACUUCUUGGCUUGUGUGCUUACGGUCUAGUCUUUCAGCCUAUCCUCUGACCAUCUUAUCCCCCAUAAGUUCUGUCAUCUCAGUCAUGAAGCUAUCCCCGUAUUGUCCCGUUUCUUUUGAUUUUGCUUCGUUCAGUUGAUUGAUCCUUUGAAACCGAACAAGAGAAAAGAACUUGCCUAUUUUGUGUUGUAAUGGUCAUGGUCAUGCAGUUUAUUACUGUUCUUUUUAAAUGAACUUCGGAGCCUGUGAAGGCUUUUGAGGGGAAGAUCACAUACAUUGCCUUGACGUCUUAGAGAUUCUUUGAGGGGUCCCUAAGCUUGUCCCAAAAUAGGGGUUUGACAAAUCCAUAUUUUUGACAAUUGAGCGAUUUCUGUAUAUAAAGAAGGCUGAAAGUACGUAGGAAAAAAACGUUUACCCAAAGGGGAUUGUAUUUUAGAAAUAUAUUAUUUUAUUCAUUAAAAAUGGGUCAAAAACAGGUACGAGACAAAAACAGAAUAUUUGUAUAGUUUUGUUUGAAUGCCUAAGAAGUAUGGUUGUAUUGUUUGUAUAUAGUGUAAAUACCUGGGAUAAAAAUGAGCUAUGUGCAUGAAAAGUAUGAACAGAGUCAAAAAGGGAAAAAACAACAAAAGCAGUAGUGGCUAUGCUCUGUAAAAUUAAAACUAUUUCACUAUUAGAGUAUUUUAUUUUAUUUUGAUUGUUCUUGAGAAGAACAUUUUGCUAAAGCAUGAUAUUAUUGCAAUAUAAAAAGGUUAAAAAAAACACUGUAUUUAGAGUUAGGAGAUGUCUGCAUUAUCAUAAAACAAGUAUGUUAUGUUUACUUUUGUUUGUUUUUUGUUUGUUUUGGGCUACCAAGAACCUUUUGCCAAUGGUGCCAAGGUAUUUGAAUGCUAUAUAGCUUAAGAAAAGAAUUAAGUUAAUUUUUGCAGAACAGAUAAUCAUACAGUGAAAUACACACUAGCACUGAAGACCAUAAGAUCACAAGUGGUCGAGGAUCACUAGAACAAUGCGGUACACAGAUUGCAGAGGGAGUUAUAUGUAAGCAGAAUGCAUUUAAGUCUGUCAUGUCUCCACCAUUCCCACAGAUAACUGAAGCAUUUGACCAUCACUGAAUACACAGCAGAGUUUACAUUUUAUUUUUGUUGUCAUUGCAAAUGGAAUGUGUUCCUGAGGUAUCUCGCCUGAGCUUAAAGAUUGGCAGCCUUGCCCAUGGUGUUCCUAUAAAAGCGAUCCAUGCAAUUUGUCUCUGUCACCGAGAAAGAUUGAAUUCACCUCUUUAACUUUACACUCCCUUUCAGCAAGCAUUGAUUUAUCAAUUCUUGGCGGAUCCCUGUAAUAAACUGGUGGCAGGAUUUUCUGAGUACAAUGUGUUUUAAUUAAAAGACACCCAAAAAAAACAACGUGAUCAAGGCUGCCAGGGUCUAAAUAGACCUUGUAUUCUAUGUCAAAAAGGAACAAAGAAAAAAAUGUCUAGUUGAAAAACAUGUGUAGCAUUCUGUACAUGACUGGAUUUCUUUGUCAAGCAGCUGAAAACAUUUGCAAAACUAACUGUUCCGACAGUCAAAGGUGCUAAACCGAUUCUAUCCGGAAGGACAGCACUAAAAGUUGCCACUUGCCUCGAUGCAGGGUCAAUGAGCCAAAAUGACUGUAGUAACGUGUGUGUAAAACAGUGCACUAGUGCCAUUUAUUAUUAUGAGGCAUAAGAUGUGUCUUAUACAUUGGAUCAUAUAUAUUAUACGUAUAUAUAUCAGUAUUGAUUGGGCUGUAGGAACAAUCCGAGAGAGAACAUGAGCUGCUGGUUCAGAGGUGCCUGUUGGUUGCUGCCUAAUUUCUAUAUUAUAUUCCUACCAGAACUACCAGAAAGUGUAUUCUGUAUCAAAGUAAUGACAUUUGAUUUUUAAGCCAAGUGCCACUGAAAAACUUGAGUUUUAUUUGUUGAAGUAUUGUCAUGUUUGUUGAAAUUAUUAUUAGGCUAAGUAGGUAUUUCUCAGAUUUAUUUCCUUGACUGACUGGUUUGUUUUGUUUGUUUUUCCACACACUUCUGAUAUGUAAACUUUAUUUUCCCGAGUGUUUAUGUAGAAAGUGCCUAUUCAUAUCCUGAUCACACAAGCCCAGUGUCAGAAUGCAUACAAUGUACCUGAGGUUAAGAGAAUGUGAGAGAACAUGGUCACCCACAGACAGUGCUGUAUCCUCUACAUGAACACACAUGAUCACCGUCACCUUACACUCACCAAAGCGACAAUAUGAUAUUCCCACAGCACUCCAGCUUGUCAACAUGCUAAGCUUUAUUCUUUUUGUUCGUACGCCUUCUUUUGUGUUUCGUAAAGGGACAGCUUGUUAAAAUCACACUUAGAUAUGCCACUACUGGGGUUUGUUGCCUUGCAUUCAUCCUCCUGGUCUGUGGUUGGAAUGCAUAGCCAAUGCAAUGUCGUGGCGAAAAGGAGAAGGAUUUAUUAUGCUUGCAUGGGUAAAAUAGUUAACUGGGUGACCAAACUGCACCUAAAGCAUGCUUAUUUUCCUAGAAUCUGUAGUCAGAUAGACUUGUUAUAAAGACUUGCUGUUCUGUAAAACGAUGAACGUUGGUUUGACGUGUCACAGAACUCAGAAAGACAGAGGGCAUGUGACUGGAGGGCUGACGGGAAACCUACAAAUGAGCCAGUGAUCGAUACUCGGUAGCUGCUGAGGUUUUCAUAGCAAAGCAUGACGACAGGAUUGUUUUUAGACCAAGCUCAAACCUUUUAGACUUUUUCUUUAGUUAUUUUCUAUUCUUUUAGAUUUGAUCAGUGUGCUCCCAACUUCAAAUAGGACUAAUGUACAUGGGUGGAGACCAUUGUCACAGUAUGUAUAGCAAGUAUUAACUAAGUGACACACGGUACACACGAACACACGCACAAGACACAGCACAGCAGCACACACGCAGACAUGUCACGGUGUCAGUUUCAUUUGUACGCUGAGCGGCAUCGCUAUUCUCCAGGCAGAGGGACAGGUUCACCUCCCUUCUGUAUUUUACUCAGGGUGCCAAAAUGGGGAGGAGGAAGCAGAGCAGGACACAUGAUUCACAGCAGAAGAAGCUGAAAUUGAAAGAGGAAAACCUUCCAGCAGUGCUCUCUGGUAAAGACAGACGGCUUCAGCGCUGCGAUGCUGACGUCUAUAAAAUGAAUGAAUAUGAAAUAUAAUCCAUUUCCUCUCAGUAACGCUGAUCAUUGCAGACACCCGGUGUAGCCCCGGCAUAAUGUCCUGUUAUAUAUAGCUCAUUAAGAUAAAUGAUUUGACUUUCUGUCAUAGGAGCCUGUCAAAUCAUAGUAUAAUUCUGGCCGGUUCUUUAGGCCUUUAAUUUAUCUGACGAAAUGCAGAGGGUAUUUAAGAUUAAGAUUGUAGCUAUGUGAAAAGUUCACCUGAAAAUCUUGUUUUGUACUGCCAUUUAUGAAUGGGAUGACAGGUUAGCUUAUAGGCACUCUUCAUACAGUAUUAUCAAUUUCAAGAUGUUCUGUGGAUAGACCUGGGAAUCUGCCUUUCCUCCUCUUCUUUUUCCCCAAGCACCUAAACCAGAGAAAGGUAGGCACAUCAGGACAACAGAACAGAAACAGUUUUACAACAUAUUCCACUUGUGGACACAGAGCAAUAAAGAACUAUUUUGUGGAGACCUAUAGACCUAGUGAAGUUUAAAAUGAUUGGACACAUGUAGUCGACUUACUCUUAUGCAAAUGCCAGUAUUGCAAGACAAGCAUUCAGUAGUUUAUGGACAGCAAUUAUAUGGCACCCUUUACCGAACUGCACGUUUUCAUCAAUUCCAAACCAAGAAGAAAAAAAAAGACCCUGCUUUGAUAGAAAGUUAUGGGUCCUCAACACUUUGCAUGUGAACUAGUGUUAGAUCUAUUUUCCUCUCCUCUAUAGCUGUCUUUCUCUCUGUCUUUCCUCGUUAUGUGACCCAAUUUUUCUCCGCUCCCGACCCCCAACCCUUGAAAGUUUCAUCUCCUCUUGGUUCUCCUAAUGUGUUUUGCUUUCCUCCUUUUUCUUCCCUUCUCUUGUUUGUAAGUUUUAUUUUUGUAAUUGUGCAUGUACAAGCGUCACUGACUCGAUGGAUAUGUUUAAAAGGAAAAAAAAAAAAAAAGAAGAUAUUUCAGCUGCUGAAGCCAUGCAAAACGUUUUGAAUUGCCCUUAAAAUAUGGAAGAUGUUUUCUGAAUGCUUUAUAUUCUUUCUGCUGUAAAAUAAUAAAAAAAGGAAAAAAUGAAGAAAACUCGA